AUGAAAAACUUGUAUGUUAUUUCAAUAUUUGUUGUUAAAGCAGCAUUAUUUGGAGGUGAUCGUCCUAGUGGUAGUGGUGCUACUGGUGGAGGUGGUGACGAUGGUGGUAAAUGUGAUGGCGGUGUUGAUCGUGGAGGUAACAUAGUUGGUUGUGGUGGUGUUAGCAGCAAAGGUGAUAAUGGUGUUGUUGGAGGUGGUUUGGGUAGUAAAGGUGGCAGGUGUGGUGGUUGUGAAGCUAGUGGUCGUGGAGGAUCGAAGGUGGUGGUGCUCCAGUUGGCGGUGGAGGAACAAGGCGAAAGUGGUCAAUGGUCGUGGCUGUGGUGGUGUUCGCUUUUGAAGGUAGUGAUGGUGAUGGCGACGAUAAUAUUGGUGGUGGUGUGGGUAGUUGAUUUGGUGUAUAGGGGGGGGGGGGGGAAGAGGGGAUGCAUCAGAGGUGAUGAUAAUAGUGGUAAGGGUGGAGGUAGUGGUGGUGAUGACGAAGGUGAUACAGGUGAUGUUGGUGUUGUUGGCAACAAAGUUGUUGAUGCUUACGUCGGAGAAGAUGGUAGUGGUGGAGGUGGCGGAGGUGGUGGUGCUAGUGGUAGUGGAGGACCGAAGGUGGUGGUUGUGGCAUAG